AUAGUCAUUCUCGAGAAUGGAAGCGUCUAAGGCUUACGAUUUAUUUCUCGUUCAUGUAGCUGAAAUUGUUUCAAAUAAAGGUCAAAGUUUGAUGUUACAGUUAGGUUGGGAAAUAGCUGAAGUUCAAUGUGUACAGGUUCGAACGCCAUAUGAAAACGACCUUCAAAGGUUAAUGAAUGAUCUGUGGGAAAUUGAAGAUAAUAAUUUUAGAACGUGUGUUAAGCAAGCAUUAACGGAGUCUGGUAAUAAAGGCUAUCUACAUUUGUUAGGUGAAGCACAAUCUGAAACACAACUCAUUAGGAAGCUUUCUGAAAAAAUUCAAGAUGAUAGAUUUUAUUAUCGUCUAUUAGGACUCAAAGCGAUGGAUAGCUUAGGUCAGAGAAGGCAUGAAGAAACCCCAGAUUUUUUUCAAGUUAAUUUGAAAUGUUUGCAAAAAUGGUCAAAUAAUCAAGAAUAUUUGCCAUCUACUAGUGAAAAGGACAAAAUUCAAAGCAGAGUUAAUACUAUUCUCCAAGCUUUAGUAGACAUUGGAAAUGCUCGUGCUUCUAAAAAAUUGAGAAUAAAAUGGAACGAGUUGUUGAAUAGAAGUCUACCGUUCUCGCAGGAAGAAACAUAUGGGUCAGACACUAUGAUGGAUAUACCUACCUAA